CCAAUUCAAUGAGUGAUAUUAUCAGAAGUUCUUAGUACAGAGCAAUCUAAGUAAUUUAUUGAUUUUCUAUAAUUAUAUAGAAUGUUACUACUAAUUAAUAGGCUAGUAAUCCUGUUCUUUAAGGAUAAGUAGUAAAGUAGGUGAUUUUAGAAACACGUAAAGAUGAAUAGACGGAAUAAUAUGAAUUAAGAAUUGAAAAACUUACUCAAGAGGUUGAGUAAUGGAAAAGAUAAUGUUUUUUAAGUGAGUAGUAACUUAACAAAUUUACAACAUAAUUAUAAGAAGUAAUUUAUAUCAUUUUAUAUUUUUAAUAGAUGGCAAGUCUUGAAGCUAGAUUGGCAGCAUUAUAAUAAGAAUAUAAGAGUGUGGAAGUUAAAUAUAGAGAAAAAUCUAAUGAAUUUGAGAAACUUAGAAUUGAAUAUAGUAAAUUAGAUUCAGCUCUUAUCUCAUAUUCAUUAACUCAUAUUGAAACUAAAAAAUUUGAAGAAGCUAUUCAAAUUAAAUAGAAUAUUAUUUCUGACUUAUAGAAGUAACUCAAAGAUGCAAAUGAGAGAUUAUUACAAAUUCCGAAAUUAGAAGAUUUAUUAAGAAACGAACAUAGAAAAAAUGAAUAAUUAGUCUAAGAAAUUGAUUAAUGGAAAUAAAAAUAUGUAGCUAUUCAAUAAGACAAAGAUAAUUAUAUUACAUAAUUAAAGUAUGAAAGUGAAAAUAUCAAUUAAAAAAAUAAAGAAUUUUUAGAGGUUGAAAUUUAAAAGGGGAAUAAUGAUCUUUUGAAUAAGGUUAAAUUAUUAUAGGCUUAGAUUGAAUAAUUGAAAGGAGAAGCUAAAGAAUUUUAGAAUCUUUUAUAAUUGGAAUAGUCAGAAAAUAAUAAAUUAAAAUCUGAAAUUGAUUUAUUGAAUGCUCGUAUUAUAGAAUAGAAUUAAUAAUUGGAUAUUGAGGUUGGUUUCGUAAAAGAAAGAGAUUCUAAAUUAAAUGAAGCUGAAGCUAAAAUUAAAUAAUUAGAAGAUGAUUUGUAAGAAAUCAGAAGAUUGGAUUAAAUUAUUUAAGAAUUAGAAACUAAAAAUUAAAAUUUGGUUAAUGAGAUUGAUACAUUACGUAAUGAAGCUAAUUAAUAUAAAUUGGUCAUAUAAUAAUUAGAACAUGAUCUUGGUAAAUUAAUGGAAUUAGAAAAUAAAGUAGCUAUGUUAUCUUCAGAAAUUGAAAGAUUGAAAUAAAUGAUUGCUUCUAAGAAUGAAUAACUCGAUAGAUUGAAAUAAUAAAUUGAUUAAUUAAAUAAAGCUAUAGAUGAUUAUAAAACUAUAGAAGCAGAAAAAUAAGUUUUGGAAAAUAAAUGUGCUAUGUUAGCAACUGAAAUUGAAAGAAAGAAAUUUUAACUUGAUUAAAGAGAUGCUAAGAUUAAUGAUUUAAAUAGAUAAAUUAAUGAAUAACAAUAAUUGAUUGAUGAAUUAAAAGAAAGACCUGAUCUAUCUAUACCUUUAGCUGAAGCUGAAAACAUGAUUAAAUUAUGGCAAGAAAAGUAUUAAAAUUUAGAGUAAAUCUAAAAUAAGUAUACUUAAAUUGAAUAAGAAAAUUAUCAAUUGAAAACUUAAUUACAAGCUUUACUAUAAGAAUUAGAUCAACUUAAAAGAGAUUUAGAAUAGAGAUCCAAUCAAUUAAAUGAAGCAGAAUCUACUAUUCAUUUAAUGGAAUAAGAUCUUAACAAACUUAGUUCACUUGAAGAAUAAAUUAAGGCUUGGUAAUCAAAGUAUCAAUUAUAAACUGAAUAGUUUACAUCUAUUAGAGAAUAAUUAAUUUAAAGUCAAGAAACUAUUAAUAAAAGUGAUAGAGAUGAAAUCUUAAAUGAACUCAGAGAAUUAUAAUCUAGAUACUAAUCUUUAGAAACAUAAAAUCAAGAUCUUAUUGAUCAAUUAGAAUAAUUAAGAUAAUUAUAUAUUAAAUGUUAAGCAGAAUUAGAAGAAGCUAUUAAAUUAGAAUCUAAAGUUUAUGAUUUAGAAAAUAAAGUUGCUAUGCUUUCUAGUGAAGUUGAAAGAUUGAAAUACAGAACUAAUUCAAAAGAUGAAGAAUUAAAGAAAUUAUAGGCUUAAUCUAAGGAUUUUGAUAGUUUAAAGAAUGAUUUCUAAUAAAUGAAUGGAGAUUUUUAAAAUACAUCAUAAUCAUUAGAAGAAUUGACUUAACAAUUAGAAACUUAAUUAGAUAAAUUUAAAUAAUAAACCAAAGAAUUAAAUGAAGCUUAAUAAAUGAGAGAUCAAUUAGAAAAUAAGAUUGCUAUGCUCUCUACAGAAAUAGAAAGAUAUAAAUAUAAAUUAAAUAAUAAAUAAAAUGAAACAGAUGAUUUGAAGAAAUAAGUUUUAGAUUUAUAAUAAUAAAUAAGUCAUUUAAGCUAAGUUGAAAAUGAUAAUAUUAAACUCAAUUAGGAAUGUGAGAAGUUAGAUCAAAAAUAUAAUGAUUAAGUUGAAUUAUUAUAAUAAACCAAAAAUGAAAGAAAUGAUCUACAAUAAAUUAAAAGCUAAUUGGAAUAAGAAUUAUAACUGAUUCAAUCUGAAUUAUAAUCAUCUUAAUAAAAUUAAGAAAUUAAAAAUAAAUAAAUCAAAUAAUUAGAAAAUGUUAUUCAAGAUAAAGAAUAAAAUAUUUCAUAACUCAAAAAUUAGGAAUAAAAGAUGUUUGAAUAUGAAACUAAAUUAGCAUUUUUAAGUUAAGAAAUAGAAAGAUAAACUAAUCAAUAUAAAGUCAAAUUAGGAGAAUUAGCCGAAAUGUAAUCAUAAUUAGUAAAUAUAAAUGAAUUGUAAAUAUUGAUCCAAACUCUUGAAAAUGAAAAAACAAAACUCUAAGGAAUUAUUCAAUAAAAAGAAAAUGAAACUGCUUUAUGGAAAAAUAAGGUAGAUGAAUAAUAAAAAACAAUCGAGAAAUUUGAGGAAAUGAAGGUAAUGUAAUAUAUAUAUUAUUGUAGUAUCAAAUGGAAAACAAAAUUGCUAUGUUAUCAAGUGAAGUUGAGAGAUUAAAUUAUAAAUAUAAGGUGCUUACUGAUGAUAAGUCUAAAUGGAAUAAACGAAUGAAGUUCCUUUUCGAUGAAUUAACUAAAGUUAGUAUGUAGAAUGAAAUUUCAUCGAAUGUAUGAGAUUUGUUUUUUUAAUAUUUUUAGGAAGCAUUUAAUUGGAAGCAUAAGAUUUUAGAAUUGGCAGAACUUUAAUCAAAAUUGACAUAAUAAGAUGGAUCUAUCUAGUAAUGUUUGUAAGAAACAGAACAUAUGAGACAGCAAUUACAAGAAUAAGAUUUCUUGGAUGCUAGACAAAAAAUAAGAUCAUUAUGAAAUAUUA